CUCUGAGUCGCUGACGUGUGUUAUCCAAAUAGUCCAAAUAUAAGAACAUAACCUUAGAGACUGGUUGAAAAUGUCAAAAAUGUCAUUUAUUACACAAAACGUUUUUCUCAUAUUUGCUACUUUUUUCGCAAUAACAAACUACGUAUUUUGCAAUGAUUCUGAAGAAGCAUCAACUGAUUUAUAUGUUAUUGAGGGAAAAGUAUUUCCAUCGGAAAAUGCAGGUAAUUCCGGUUGGCAAUUAAUGACACACGUCAUGGCAAACGGAGGUGAACAUUAUGGAUUUUUAAGAGAUGAUGGUACAUUUAUUAUUUCUAAUGUUCCAUCGGGAUCGUAUGUUAUUGAAGUUGUCAAUCCCAAUUAUUUAUAUGAACCAGUCCGCGUUGAAAUUAAUUCCAAGGGGAAAUUCCGUGCACGAAAGGUGAAUUUAAUACAAACAUCUCAAGUUAUUCAAGUGCCGUAUCCACUGAAAAUGCGAUCCAUUUCACCAUUUAAAUAUUUCCAAGUUCGCGAGGAAUGGAGAGUCACUGAUUUUCUCUUUAAUCCAAUGGUUUUGAUGAUGAUAUUGCCUCUAAUUUUAAUUAUGAUUUUGCCGAAAAUAAUGAAUGAUCCGGAAACAAGAAAGGAAAUGGAACAAUUGAAUAAUUUGACAAUUUACAAUUUACCGGAAGUGUCAGAAGUUUUAACAACUUAUCUCUCUGGUGGUGAGAAACAAAAAACCAAAGCCGUGAAAGCGACUAAAAAACGACAAUGAUAAUUUCGCAAUUGAAAAUAUUUUGCGAUUCUAGUCUUUAAAAUGUUUUUAUUUUCACAUUCCGUGAAAAGUUUUAAAACCAAGGAUGUUUUCUUCUUUUUCUCCGUUUUUCUUUCCUUCUUUCUUUCUCUAUAAUUUUUAAAUCAAUCUAAUAUUCUAGAAUUUAAGUAAGUUUUGAAAGAAAAUAAAAUGUAAAUAUCGUCGACAGAUAGAAA